AUGCCGCCAAUCAAAGUUAACGUGAAAUGGAGUGGAAAAAAGUACGAGUUAAACAUUGACACUGACGAACCUGCGGAGCUCUUUAAAACUCAAAUCUACACCAUGACCGGCGUCGAACCCGAAAGGCAGAAGAUCAUGUCUAAAGGAAAACUCUUGAAGGACGACACAGAUUUGAACAGUUUAAACAUUAAAGAGGGGCACAGUUUUACGAUGAUGGGAACAGCUGGCGAACUGCCCAAAGAACCAGGAAAAAAAACCAUAUUUAUGGAAGACAUGACCGAUAGACAGUUGGCGGAAACACUGAAGUUACCUUCCGGUCUGACAAAUCUUGGAAAUACCUGUUACAUGAACUCUACACUACAAUGUCUUCGUUCUAUUCCGGAAUUGCAAGAAUCGCUCAACAGUUUCACCGGCCGAUCGAGCGGGUCAAACAUGCCGGAUAGCCUAGUGGCCUCUUUAUCCGAUCUUUAUCGAAAGUUGAAUCAAACCACAGAAAGUUAUCAACCUUUGAUGUUUGCGCAGUAUCUCAGAACUGCCUUUCCCCAAUUCGCACAACGCAAUGCCCAUGGUUUCAUGCAACAAGAUGCCGAAGAAUGCUGGACCCAAAUAGUGUCAACCCUGAAUAAUGCAAACCUUCCCCUGCCACCGCAAAAGAAUGACCUUCAAUCUUCGUCGGACAUGCACGAUUCCAACGGGUCAUUCGUCAAGCAAUAUAUGACGGGGAGAUUUACUUCAGUCUUAAAAUGUCUCGAGUCUCCAGAUGAGGAACCUAUUGUUUCCACUGAUACUUUUACGAAAUUGAGUUGUCACACAUCACAAACGGUUUCUCACAUGGCGAGUGGUAUAUUGGAGUCGUUGCAAGAUGACCAGAUCGAUAAGCAUUCACCUACUUUGGAUCGAUCAGCGAAAUAUUCCUCGACCUUGCGCAUUAGCCGCCUCCCUGCAUAUCUUACCGUUCAUUUUGUGAGAUUCUACUGGAAACGACAACAGCGUAUUAAGGCCAAGGUUCUGCGCAAGAUCAAGUUUCCCUUUGAACUCGAUGCAUCAGAAUUUUGCACUGACGAAUUAAAGACAAAGAUCGCACCAGUGAGGAAUCGGUUGAUGGAGCUCGAUAAAGAAAGAAGUGACGCGAAGCGUAAAGCAAAACUCGCGGGCAGCCCUGAGGAAAAAGUUCAAGAGGAAUCUAAAAUUGACAGCUCGGUCAUCGAGGAGUUAAAGAAGCUGGUUGAUCCAGAACUCGCCAGCGACAUUGGUUCCAAUGUGACGGGAUUAUAUGAACUGUGUGCUGUCCUAACCCAUACUGGACGGUCGGCGGAUUCUGGUCACUAUAUUGGUUGGGUACGUAAGCAGAAUUCCGAUGAGUGGAUUAAAUACGAUGAUGACAAAGUUACAAUCGUAACCCAGGAUGAUAUCCAAAAACUCGAUGGCGGUGGUGAUUGGCAUAUGGCGUACAUCCUGUUGUACCGCUCGAAGAAACUGGAAUGA